AUGGUGACCUCUACCGACUCCUCUGACACCCUAAUCACUCGUCCACCUCCAAUCCGCAACCCACACUUACCUCCCAAUCCCACAACCAUAUCCCUGGAGAUGGACUUACUAUCACCCACCGAAUCUCCACCACCCUUGGUCCCGAAACUGCUCCGCGAAGCUAGUGACAUCACAUGGCUGGAAUCCCUGGAAUCAAAAAAAGGCCAGGUUGUGCUAGUCCGAUGGCGUGGUCGAUACCGCCUACUGUACCAGCAGCAAUUCAAGAACAGCUUGCUCGCCGGUGUCGGGUACCUCGAGCUAGCUAACGCCGGUGAUUUUGCUGCCAACGUCUGGAACGAGAUCCCUGUUCCAAAAUUUGCUGCUGUGCUGAUGGGAAUUGGAGGUACACUGGCCUUGGGAAUGUUGUUGGUCGUUAUUUAUGAUUUCCAAUUGAGCUGGACAAACGUCAAGCUGCUACGAGCGGAGCGGGAUCACCUGCAGCGUCUGCGGCAAUACCACAGCAAGAACGCAGAGCUGGUGCGACUCAUCGACAGCCGGCUUGGCGUGGGGGUGCGAGAAAUUGGCACCGAAGCGAUUGACCGGAUCGUGAUGGAUUUAUUGCUGGGAUUCGGCUCCCUGUUGGUCGGCGUUGGGACUUUGAUGGCCAUUGGCGGCGCCAAUCCCCACGUCUACAAAGCCAGCAAUCUGCUUUCUGGGUAUAUUGGGAAUAGCCUAGCUGCAAUGUUCGGCCUUGUCAAUGCCAUCUGGUCUGGGUAUCUCUUUUAUCGAUUCCAUAUGCACGAUGCCGCUGUUUUUGCGCGUGAGCCCAGUGAUGAUAUCCGUCGCCGUCUACAUACUAGGUUCCGCCGCUUCCAAUGGCACGCCGGUGUAAACGGAUUGAAUGGUCUUGUUGCUGGUGCUGCUUCGAUGGUCACUGCUGAGCGUUGGUGGGGAUACGUUGUCCUGAUUCCUUGUAUUAUUUCUCUAGUGAUGUGCAACUAUUUCUGGCGGAGAAAGCUGGGUUAUGAUCGUCCACUCCUUGGGCAUACAUCACCAACAGAAAUACAGGUGACCCCUCUCAUUGAGGACCUGCAAUAUGUGAUUGUAAUGCAGCGAGCUCUCGCCGAUCCCGAGCAUUCGCUUCCGCUGGCGAUUGUUCAGCCUGACUCCUUGGACUCAAUCUUUCAAUUCAUUGUCCGUGAAAACAUGCUCGACACAUACUGCGAGUCCCUUGCCCGCGAUAAAAGCACCCGCCAUCUGCUCGCCGCAUUCCCAUCUUCAAACACAUCUCCCGAUCAAAUAACCAUCUCCCUAGACGCACUCUUCCGCCUUCCUCCCGGCCACCUACAUCUCAUACUGGAGCACGCAAAGAAAUUUCUGCGAACGACCGGUGUCUGCAUCUUCACACACCGCGAACGUUACCUCCUCGAGCUUCUGGGCUACGCCGUCUGUCAAGAUCACAAAAGGGCGACAACAACCAUAAUGACACGAUAG